AUGACGGACGACGAAUGGUUUAGUGCUGCCCAGCGCGGCGAUGUGGGAGUUAUAGAAGCACUAGUUACUGAACAUGCCGGCAGGAAAGACGACAAAGGACGAACAGCACUUAUGAUAGCAGCGAGAUCGGGCCACGAGGAUAUAGUCAUGCACUUGCUUGAGUACGAAAAGGGGGCGGUUGAUAUGGACGGCUCGUCAGCUCUUGUUCACAGCUUUGAACGCGACUUGCUAGGCAUAUGCCUUGCUCUUGCUCCUUACGAGCAUAGUGUUUUGGAUGCAGAUGGCCGUUCCCCGCUCUCCAUCGCAGCUAGCGAAGGCGCGUGCAACUCGGUUACUAUUCUACUGCAGUACUAUGAUGGCAUGGAGGAUAGAUCUGGGCGAACUCCCUUAGAUUAUUCUGCCCUAUCUGGACAAACACACUCUCUGGAAAUUUUACUAAGGUCUAGCCUUUUUGGCAAACAAGCAAUACUAAACACCAUUCAACGUCUCAAUGAGACCUCAAACCUUUCACUUGAGUGUACAUAUCUGCUGGAGCAGGAGCUUCGGCGCAUCGGAGACACAGCAGAGCAAGAUCACCACGAGGAUGCGGCAGUACUUACUACCAAUCUUUCUAAUUUUCCCCUACCACUAUGUAACCAACAAGCGGGAACAGAAAGAGAUGAUGAAGGUAACGACAGCUUGCUAGUUGACGCGUUUUCGAGCUCUCAGGAUCGUCAAAGCGGAAACCAGUCUCCAGACCAUUUAGAUCAUCAAUUGUCCUCUCAGCAAAGUCUAGCAAAUGAGCAGGAAGAUGGGGCCCUUGACGAACCCUUCAAUCAGUUUGAUCCCAUUCCUCAGGAAAACGGACUAGAUUCUAUCAACGAUUCCAUAGAUUCAGGGCUUAACUUUGUCUUACCCCCUUCUCUUACGGCGACAGCUGAAGCUAUUGACGAGAUGCCCCAUAUACCAGAAGACCUCCCAAAUAACUGCAGUAGCUACAGCGCCUAUGGCGUGACUGUCGGUGCAAGUAGUCGCUACACAGAAGAAGACCUUGCAGAGCGCGAUUUUGGGGAUGCUCUCUCCAGGUCUUCUAAUGAUGUGAGUAGCUAUUACAUGACCAAAGGAGACGGCAACGUAGACGACGAUACAACUGGGCCACUUGACUUUCAAACGCCAAAGCAUUGCGCCGGCAGUAGAACCCAGGUCCUGGAUAGCAAAUUUGAGCUCGGAGCUACUAGUGUUACAAUGUCUCUUAAUGAGCGAGUUCUUGACAGUAUAAUGCGCGAGGAUUUUAAGCUGAGCGAAUCCGAGUUCUUUCUGCGGUCGCUAAACAUAUCCGGGGGAGCUGACAUAGUUUACAAUGCCACGACAUACCUCAAGGAGCUCGAAGAGAGCUUAAAGCGUUUGCAAGCAGAUGCAGGAGCAGAAGAGCUGAGUGAUAGUAGGCAACUUGCCUUAAGAUCGGCCAUUAUCGAAAAUUUGCAAUCACAGUUGAGCAUUUUCAAAGAGACCACGGAGCGCCUGGCAGGGCUUAUUAAAAAAACAACUGCCGACCUAUCAGGAUUCCAAUCUGAAUUGCAAUCUAGAGAUAAUUUAAUUGAAAAGCUUCGGGAACAAAUCCUUGAGCUUAAGCCUGCAACCUGUAGCAUAGGGGACUCUUGCCGAGAUGAUCGCCUAACUUUUACCUUGCAUAUUGCAGACAGGGACACUUGUCCGUUAGAGACCAACGAGCAAUCUUGUUUGUCAGACCAGGUAAAGAAUUACCAAAAGGAAAUCGAACUAUUGAAUCAAAAACUUUCAAUGCAUGUUGUUCAGUUGACAACUGUUGAAAACCUGUUGGCCAGGCAGGUGGAGGAGUUGUCAACCUUUCACAAUCAAGUCCAGCAGGGUCUUCCCCAACAUCGCCCAACGUUUGAGCCAAUUACUGUGCUAGAGCGGCGAGUUUUAGAGUUGCUACAGCGCAACGACGAACUGAAGAAGGAAAAUACUAAGCUUAUGGACACGUUGGCUAGCGAACAGAAGCAUGACAUAGAAAACUCAGCCGAUAAUGCGACUAAGCUGCAGCGAAUAGCGGAACUGGAGGAGCAGUUGUCUUCUUUGCAGCAAAUUUGCGUCGACUAUGAGGAACUUAACGCUAGGCUAGAGUCGAAGUCGGCUGAAAUAUCCUGUCUUCAUGAAGCCCUCGAAGCGAUGAAGAAUGAACAAGAAGAGAAGAACACAAUUAUUCAGGAACUCAAAGAUCAACUUGCUGUGUACCAGCAAAACGUGCAGAGCCCUGAAAACAGCGAAACAGCUGACGUCAUUAAACGGCAGCGUGACGAGAUCUCCCGCCUUGAUUCCCUUCUAGUGGAUAAGAAUGAGGAGCUUAAGGUCCUCACUUUGCGCCUGGCAGAUUUAGAAUUCAAGCUGACAGAGAGUGAGCUCAUGCGAACCACGGCGAAAGAGGCCGACAUCGACGGGCCCUCUAAAGAGGAUGAUGCUACUGACGCUAGUGCAGUUGUUGCAGCGCUGCAGAACAUUGAGCUGACUACACUCCUCCGACAGACAGAGGCCAGUUAUUCUAAGCUGCGACAGGAGCACAAAGCUCUUCAGAAGCAGCUGUCAGAUCUGCAUGCCAGCGAAAAGGCUUCUUCCUGUUCCAAAUGCAAGCUCCUUAUGGCUCAGAAUACGGCCCUGACGCGUGAGAACGAAGCUCACAGAGCAGAGGUGACGCAGCUCAAGUACGAAAUACGAGCGUGUGUAGAGCAGAUAACUGCUGCGCAUGCCACAGCAACAUCGUACAAGUCGAGACUAGGCUCAAAAGAGAGGGAGAUACUUGAUUGCCAGAAGGAGAUUGACCGAUUGCUCCGUAUCAAUAGCCAGCUCAAUGAGCGUCUUCUGCAACCUCCCCGAUCGCGUGUAAGUCCAUCCACGCGCCAUAGCUACAGUAGCAUGGGUUCGUAUAGCAACUACGUUCACCCAGCGGAUAUUGCUAAUCAACAUUCUUCGACCUUUAUUCACAAUAGUUACAAAUCUCGGACGCCUUCCUACAUGCCCAGUUCUAGGUCAUCUCCGCGCAAAUCUGGAAGCCCACAGACGCGAAACAUUCUGCCAAGCAUGAUAACGACGCAGUAUGCUGCUCAGCUCAGCGAAACAAAGAGCUACCAUCCCACGAUGGGGCUGUUGCCAAAACGCGAGUAUGACCGUACAGGGCCGGGUAUUGUGCCAACAAGUUAUGUCGACCUCAGCAUACCUCGUCACAACGACAAGCCGAGCCCUUCCCAGGCUCACCCAACAGCCCGUCCAAACCUGUAUGAGUCCAACAAGCGGAUCAUGAACGCGUCCCUCCUUGAUGCGCUAGCUAUGUCUGGCUACACGAGUGAGAACCUCCGCAACGCUGGUUAUUGA